AUGAGAGAAGAAGUCGAUAGGGACAGGGCAGUGGGGUGUUGGGUAGCACCACUACCACUAGCAGCAGCAGCAGCAGCAGCAGCAGCAGCAGCAGCAGCAGCAGCAGCAGCAGCAGCAGCAGCAGCAGCAGCAGCAGCAGCAGCAGCAGCAGCAGCAGCAGCAGCAGCAGCAGCAGCAGCAGCAGCAGCAGCAGCAGCAGCAGCAGCAGCAGCAGCAGCAGCAGCAGCAGCAGCAGCAGCAGCAGCAGCAGCAGCAGCAGCAGCAGCAGCAGCAGCAGCAGCAGCAGCAGCAGCAGCAGCAGCAGCAGCGCCAGCACCAGCUGCAGCGGCGGCUGCGGAAGUGGGUGGGGCCAGCAUGCUGUACGUGGUGGGCGUGGGGCUGUGGGACGAGAGUGACAUCACGGUCAGGGGCCUGGCGGCCGUGCGGCGCUGCCAGCACGUCUUCCUUGAGGCCUACACCUCCAUGCUGCUCGUUAACCGCAGCAAGCUGGUGCGCACUGCUGCUGGGAAGGGAUA